CAAGUGGAGAAAAGCCGAUCCUCGCCCGAAGAGGAAGAAGAAGGAGGACGAUGAUCCUUUCGAACAGCAUGAAAAGACCAAAUGGCGGCGGAUUUGAAAGGGAUUCAUCAAUGAUGCAACCAUUGAGUCUUGGGCGCGGAACAUCAUUGACCAGUCCAGGCUGUCUCCCGCAGAUCGUAUCCUCUCCUGCACAAUGGCCCAAGAUCUUAUCGAUGCCAUUGAAGAGCUCCCCUCGAUCCCCUCACUGUACAACGUCAAUCUGGCCGAGGCUGAGAUUGCUAUCCAGGCGCAUGUGGAAGUCCUUAAUGCAUACUUUGUGGUGCUCCUGGCUGACCAGUCGAAAGACUGGGUGCAGAUGCAUGGACCUCUGAUGUCGAACAUCCUCAAUGUUUACGUCUGGAAGUGAAUGUUCAACAUCCAGGCUAAGUUCGAGUUUCUUGAUCAAGUGAACGGCAAGUGGGGCAACCUCGACAUAAUCAGUUUCAUCAAGGAGCUGAAGCGGGAUGACAUACUGAACAUGCCGCAGUGGUGGACAAUCAAUCAUUACUCCACACGCACUGUUGUCGAACUCAUCGAUGUAACCCGUCCAUGGCCAAAGAUACCAGAUGCACCUGUCCAGCGUGUGUCCACAUGGAUGACCACUACGAGGGACCACAUUGUAAGUUCCAUCUGUUCUAUUUGUCAGAUUCAUGCUCAUUCGAACCACCGUACCAAUAUGGAGCAUCGUCGAGCAUAUGAUUCCCCCCCAACCAGCUUCUUUGUGCGCGCUCUUCUCAGUCUCAUGAAGCACUGUGCUCGCUGGCAUCUCAAACUGCCACUCGAGCACUGGGCCUUCAGUUUCGAAGGAAUGCCGGAUGCUCUCCUCACUGUCCUCAAGUAUGACGUCCAGCGCAUUUCAAAGGAAGAACCUGACUUCAGCGAUGAAGCACUUGGAGAUCCUGGCCGCGGCAACCAGAAAUGGACUGCUGAUGAGAUAUUCAAAAAUAUCUUAGUCCACACCCGCCACGAACGCACUGUCAACGACUUUCAAAUGCGGGCUUUGCUGCAUAAGCGCAAGUCUCGCCAUGCAACACCCGGCCUGACUCCAACGCUGCUGCGAGCACCUGAACUAGGUGACAACCAAAUAUUCUCCGAAUUGCAAACCCCUGCCUACGACAUUGCCCAUGAGCUAGGUGUGAUUGAGAUCCACCCUGAGCUCCGUGCAGAUAACAACGAGAUAAGGGUACUGGAUGAUGUUGUAGUGAUCUGCUUCGGGGCAGAAAUGUGCUACCAUUGUCGCCACGACGUAUGCCAUGAGUAUCCCCAGGGAGAUCCGAGGGCGACUGGUCGAGGGAUAGAUUGCGCAUGUAUUCAAUUUCAUGGACGUCGCUGCCAGCAUUGCAUUGAUGGUGCCAAACGUUGCCUGUUUCAUAAAGAAGGCUAUUGUCAAAUCAGUCUCAAGGAUUGGGACGUUAUCAAACCUAAGCGCGGUACCGAUCUCAACUAUGAAAGCAAGCGCUGGCUUCUGAAUUUCGCUUGGUUUGCGGAUGGAGAUAAUGGGGGUCCUGAGGAUUGGGACGAGAUCGAUGACCGCUUAGACGUGAAUGUGUGGGUGCUUGAAUGAGGUGCGGCUGGAAACCUCCAAGCUCUGGAAGAGCAUUCGACCAGAGCUCGCAAGGCUGUCAACACUCGCUCAUUGAAGGGCAAGCAAGUCGUCAAGCCUCGUUGCAGGCAGCAACAUGCAGAACACUUGGAUGAAGAUGCAUCUGGCACUACAGACUCGGAAGGACCAGGAGAUAGAGUGGAUGUUGAUAUGGACAAUGAAGAAGACGAUGAUGAUGAAGAUGAUGAGGAAAUGAAGGACUUCAUCGUGCCAGAUGACGCAGAGGUGGAUUGAGGAGGUCACAGUCAAGGAGAGGUGGGAAGGAUGGAGCAGGGAUGGAGGAGGGUUUUGUGUGAUCGUUGCCUACAGUAGAUACAGAUGAACAUAUCGAGCAAGCAAUGGAAUCUG